CUGACCGCUUCCUAUUGGUCAGUCCACGUGACGUCAUUGGAGGCUUGAUUUGAAGCUGUGUGCGGGCCUUCAUUCUCAAUGAGCGUAAAGUCAGAGGCAGACUGAGAGUGAGAGGAGGAGAAUGGAGAGCAUGAACCUACAUAGGAACCACAACUGAGACGCCAAGCUGGGUCUUACCUGCAUAUUCUGGACCACUGACUGAACUGACUGACACAGACCUGCAGCUUGUUUGGUGAUAAAGAGAGGAAGAACCAUGGGUCCUGGAACAUGGAGUCUAUUUAUUCUGUUUGGUUUGGCCCUCUGGAGCAACAGCCAGGCCCUGACCAAGAAACCUAUCCUCUCCCGGAUACGAAGGGCUCCGGAGGCCAAUGGCGAAAACAAGAAGUGCUCUUACACCUUCCUGGUCCCUGAACAGAAGAUAACAGGCCCUAUCUGUGCUGCCCGGGGUUAUUCAACUGACAAGGACAGAGUGACGCGCCUGGAUGUGGCUGCAGUGCGUGACCUUCUGUCAAAGCAGCGUCGGGAGAUGGAGACUUUGAAACUGGUGGUGGAUGUGGACGGCAACUUGGUAAAUGAGAUGAAGCUAUUGAGGAAAGAGAGCAGGAACAUGAACUCUAGGGUAACCCAGCUCUACAUGCAGCUGCUGCAUGAGAUCAUCAGGAAGAGGGACAACUCACUGGAGCUGGCGCAGCUGGAGACACGCAUCCUUAAUGCCACGACUGAGUCACUACGUCUGGCCUCAAGGUACAGGGAACUGGAGGCCAAAUACUCAGCCCUGUCUGCAGUGGUGAACAAUCAGUCAGUUCUGAUUGGAGCACUGGAAGAGCAUUGUAUGCAGGUGUACAGCCGCAGGCAUGAACACCCACCUUUGGGACCUCCGCUGGUGCAGGUGGUGCCUGAGAACAUUCCUGUCAAUGUGCCACGUUUCACCAAUGAGAUCCAGAGGGACAACACCCGAGGGUUUGCCCGGGAAAGGGGCUCUCGCUCUGGGCCAUCACCCACAAGUGGUACCCUGGAAGUCCAGAACCCCCCUGAGAGAAACUUCAGUGCUGAAGGCUCGUUCAGAGACUGUCUGGAUGCGCAGGAAGCCGGCCACAGCACCAGUGGCAUGUACCUGAUCAGACCAGACGAAGCAGAGAGGCCAGUGCAGGCUUGGUGUGAACAGGAUAUAGACAACGGGGGCUGGAUUGUUAUCCAGAGCAGGAGAGAUGGAUCUGUUAACUUCUUUAGGAACUGGGAUAGCUACAAGAGCGGCUUUGGCAACAUAGACGGGGAAUACUGGCUUGGUCUGGAAGGAAUCUACAAUUUAGGGAGGCAGCGGGACUACAAGCUACUGGUGGAGCUGGAGGACUGGAUGGGCAAAAAGGUCUACGCUCAGUACAACAGCUUCCACCUGGAGCCAGAGAGCGAGGGCUACCGCCUGCGUCUAGGCAUCUACAUGGGAAACGCCGGUGACUCCCUUAGCAGCCACAAUGGCAAACAGUUCACUACUCUGGAUCGAGACAAGGAUGCCUUCUCAGGUAACUGUGCCCAUUUCCAUAAAGGAGGCUGGUGGUACAACGCUUGUGGCCAAGCCAAUCUCAACGGUGUCUGGUACACCGGAGGCGUCUACCGUAGCAAGUUCCAAGAUGGGAUCUUCUGGGCCGACUACGGUGGAGGCUUCUACUCCAUGAAAUCUGUCCGCAUGAUGAUCAGGCCCAUAGACUGAGGAGAUACUGUAAGCCAGGCUGGUCCACGGGCAGCUACGGAGGCCAGGGCACACUUGAACCUCAUUCUAAAUCUUGACAAUAUAUGUCAUCAGCAACUGGUUGUCCCUAGAUAAAAGAACCGCACCAAUGGAGAUUACCAACCAUCAGUAGUGACUUGAAUUGCCUCCUGUAACAGAAAUAGACUGUUUGACAAUUGUUCUCUUUAUAUACAAUAGAUGCACACGUAGAAGGAUUUUAGGGACAUGACUAUUUAUAGUAAGCCAAACAGCUCUGUUAACCACCAAAUAAAUAUGAUGGUGAAGGGAAAUUAAAAAUAACUGCCAACAUUUCGCAGUUAAAUAAUGCAAGCUGUCUAUCUGAGUUAGAAACCAGUGUUUGGCUCAUUACUAGGUCACCCCAUGGAAAGGACCCGCCACAUCCUCACAGAACUUCAUUAGUAUUGAUUUCAUUCAUAAGCUUUAGCGUCACAGGAUCUAAAUGCAUCUCUUCCUACCUCGCCAAGAUAAACAUCUGGGGGAAACACUCGUACAUGGUAUUUACCUUGUGUUAUAUUUUCUGGGAGCUGGAAAAUUCAUUUUGUUAAUACCUAUAUAGAUUUAUUUAGACUCUAUCCACUUCCAGUUCUAAAAAAUACGAACACCUUAAGGAGCUGGAGAAAAGAAAGUGGUUUACAUAUAUGUUUUAUGUUCAUUUGAUUACAUAGAAAAAGUACUGAUUUUUUUCUCCCUACACUUAAAAUGGCCUUUAUACUGUAUGUUAAACUACUUUGUCCAAGUGCAGACCAGAAACUAUAAUUUAUGUGUACAUUUAACUUAUCAAAACAGUGAAAAGGGCCAGGUAUCCUGAGGAAAAAGUGAAUGAUCCCACAGAAAAAGAGAACUAAUUUCCUCCACUGUGUAAACGACAAUCAUUUUUCAAGUGUGCUUGCACGUAUGGAAAUUGCUGUUAGCUGUUAUAUGUUUUUCUUGUUUGGCUACUGAUUAAAUUUCAGUAUGACUCUGGGAAAAAUAAGCAUUGUUGAGAAAAAAAGGUGGAGUUACGUUUUGUUUUGAGUGGUUUUCGAGCUUUAAAAAAUAUGCCGACCAAGCGUCCUGAGAAUUAUAGGCAUUGGGACAGACAACGAGAAACACAUUGCAUUAAAGCCAGACAGGAAGGAGAAAGAAAAAGAAGGGAGAGGGGAGAGGAGGGGAGGGAGGGAAUGAACUGGGAUGGAAUCAGUCCAAAUUUCCAAGAGGACCCCCCCCCCUUUUAAAUACAGAGAAAUGUACAUUCUUUCCACACAAAAGCGCUCAAACUGUAUGUUUUUCUUAAGAAUAUCUUUCAUUGACAAAGUCAUGGGUUCCUGCACUCUGUAAUCACCAGUAUGGAAGGAAAGCGUUAUCCUUUUGGGGAACCCAUCCCAGAGAGGGGAGCUGGGGGGUUUGAACUGGUGGGUCUGCUUUGAACAGCGGCAGUGCAUCCACAACACACAUGAAAGCCAAACAGCCUUUGGUCUCAGAGUUGAAAAUAGACUAUCAAAUUGUGCUGUUUUUUUAUGACCACAGUGGCCUUCACACCCAUCUCUUUAACACAACUUUUAUAAAACAACGAAACACAAAGCGGGGAGACCAAUCAAACCCGGCUGGACAAGGACACAUGUGUUUGACCAUGGAAAUAAACAGCAUCUAAUAAAAAUGGCAUUGCAAUUGUAAUAUUAAACAGCAAUAAAAGCUGAAACAUGAGUCACAAUACUUGGAAGAACAAUAUUUCACAACUAACAGUCAAUAAAUGGAGAACAUUAAGGGUCACUUCAGGGGACACUCUGGAAUUACAAAGAGCUCAUUUUAUGUGCUGAUUUAUGCUGUUACCCAAGUCAUAAUUAGCACAUGAUUAUUUAGUUUCUAGUCUUUGUUAAGAUUACAUGCACAUUCCAGUGUUAUCCUGUGGAUGUGAGUCAUGACAAUAAAUUGUUGUUGUUUCCCAUAGUUGUUUCCAACAGAGACCCUAAGUCUUUAUGGAAGACGGUGCUAAAGAAGUUUCCCCACUGAAAUUCUGAGGCAUGUUUGCAUUUAAUCAUUAAUCGGUAAUCAAACAGUUUUUUUAAAUGUGCCUGGCUGUGUGUUUUGUGUUGGCAUAAAAAGUCAUGAGGAGAGAGAUGAAUACAUUGGAAAGACAUUGCUUUUGUUUAAAGUUGUAACACAUUUCUGUGGUUGACUGGGUGAGUUCAAAUUUGACUCACAACCCGAACUAUGUGACUCUUUUUCAUUGUUUUCUAUUUGUUUUCUGUCCAAACAAAGCACGAUGAAUACUUUUAUAUAAAAUUUCUCACAUCAUAACCAUCAAACUUCUGUUUCCUGACGCUAAAGCUUUCAUUAAUGGAGCUUGAAAUACAGAAGUUUGACGUUUUGGGAAAUAUGCUAAUUAAUUUUUUUUUAAUUUUUUGAAAAUAAAGUUAAAGUUAAAUGAGAAAAUCAAUACCACUCUCUGUGUAUGGUAAAUAUAAAGCUACAUUAGUGUAGCAUAUAAAAUGAAAGCCUUAUCUAUGCUCAUAGGCUUGCACUAGGAGUGGAUUUGUACUUAAAGGGAUUUUGUGAAAGGUGCUUAUUUUCUUUCUUGCCUAGAAUAAAAUCAGAUGAUUGAUACCCCUCUUAUGUCUAUGUGGUAUACAUGAAGGUACAGCCAGCAGGUGGUUAGUUCACAUUACCCACAACUUGUCAUUUUUACACUUUGGUUUUGGACAGAAUUAGUGAGCGUCAGAGAUAAUGUUUGGUUGACUUUUUAAAACUUUGGACAGAGCAAGCUGUGUCCCUCUUCUCCCAGUCUUUAUGCUAAAGUAUGCUAACUGCCCGCUG